AUGCAAAUCCCAUUAUUUCUAUUCGGUUUUAUUUCACUUUAUUCAACUGCCAGUAGUGACGAUACUGUCAUUAUUUAUCCAUCAUCUGACAAUCAACAAACAUUACAACAAAUAAUUAACUAUGUGGCCAAUCAUACAACAAUAUUGAUUAAACCCGGUAUCUACACAGAGUCAAUUGUUAUUGAAAAGAAAUCUGUUUCUAUUAUUGCUCAAAACUCGGAUCAAGUUGUUAAAUUCCAACCAUCGCUAAACAACAUUGCUGUAUUAUAUCGAAAUGGUGGUGGCGGUCAAGUCAAAGGCAUACUUUUUACGGGAAAAAAUACAACCGGUAUUAGUGGCUCUCGUAACGAUCAAGAAAAGCCUCCUGGCAUGAUCGAAAUUUCCAAUUGCACUUUCACAGACAUAGGAAAUGGUGUGAUCAAUCGAUUUACUCAGAUUUCCAUUGUUGGAGUUGUUGUUAGUCGAGCGCAGUGGCUUUCUAUUGAGUUGCGAGGUCUUAUUAAGGAUCCACUCACAACAGUUCACGAUAUUUUCAUUUUAGACAGUGGAAAUGGACUUAUCCUACGUGAAACACAUGGUGUUUUCAUUUUCUGGAAUAUUUUGUGUCGAAAUAAUGAAAAUGGUGGUCUCAUUAUCUAUGAUACGCUUAGUGGUCCACUGGCAAUAGUCGAAAGCACAUUUGACAAUAAUCGAAUAGCCAAUGUUUUCAUUUCAAAUUCGUAUGCCGUUACUGUUCUCGAUAGUGUGAUUAAAAAUGCACGUUCCAAAUCAGACGAUACCUAUGGUGAUGGAUUUGUAGCAAUGAAGAACAAGGAAACAAUAGAAUUACGUACAAGUGCAGUAUACGACAAUUAUCGUGCUGGUGUAAGUGUAUGGGGUGGUAGAUUGAUAGUGGUAAACAGCCAUCUUCGUGGCCAUAAAUUCGAUCUCAAUUAUGAAACUAUUGAUGGCAUUCCAGGCGACUUUGAUGGUUCAACGGGAAAUGUUUGUUCUGAUUAUCCACCUCGCGAUAUCUGUGCAGCUGUAUCGUCAGCAUUGGAACCACCUCGGCCUAUUUCUCCCACAAGCUGA